GAUGAAGGAGGGGGAAGAAGCUGAGCUGAGCUCGUUUCUUAAAAUCUCUUUCAAUUAACAUUAAUUAUUAUCUGGAGGGGCACUGUUUAACUGUAGUUAUCGUAGAGUAAGAUAACCUGACAUUUUACUGCCUAACCUUUACCUCCACAAACUUAUUGGAAACGUGUAAAAAGUGAGAGGUGAAGUGAAAGCUGAAAGAGAAAGUUGAUUCAUUUUUUUGAUUAUAAACUUGAUAACCUCGUAAAUAAAUAAAUCGUUGUGCAGAGAACAGGCUGCUGUUGGAAUGGGGGACGUGGGUGUGGUGGUCGUGGUGGUGAGAAAGUUGGGCUGAAAAGAUGAUGCAGAUUACCAAACGGCAAUGGUGGUGGUGGUGUUACGACAAUAAAUUCGACAACUUCUCACUCAAGUGCAUCAAAGAUAAUUUUUAACAGCAACUAUUUAUGUAUGAGCGUAAGGUAAUAAGCAGUAUUUGAUAAGAGUUGUGUGACACUGAUCCGAAGAUUAUUGGGGCUAAGAUUUGGCGAGAUAAAGAUAAGGAACAGAGAGCGCGAUGGUGGGUGCGGUGGGCUGCGUAGCCUCGACAAUCAAUAAUCGUCACCAGCGGAGAGAGUCUCGCACGUCGCAGCAUGGCGGAGAUGACCACGGCGGCGGCGGGGGGCACGGCUACGUCCGCCACGGGUCGAGAGCCACAAUAUCAGAGUCACGCCCUCCUUCUUCCGCACCACCGAAUCAGCCUUCACUUUCCGCCUACACGUAUGCCACGCGAGCCUCGAUUGCCCAACCGCUACCGAGUCAUCACGUCCCACCGCCGGGUGGAGGGGGUGGUCUCACUUCCACCACGCAACUUCCGGGGGAGGAACAGGUCGAGUUGGUCCCGGAAACGUUGUCGUUGGCAGAACAGGUCAAGUUUUACGUGUCUCUCGCUCUGGGAAUAGUGGCGUCUCUCUGCGUAUUUGCCUUACUCUUCCUCAUCCCACUGGUCGUGGAGCCUUCCAUCUCCACCCUGCUGGCCGAUUUCGACCCCUCUCCGGCAAUAUGUGUCACGGUGGACUACACCUCGGCGACAGGGUUGAGCAAGUGCGGCCUCUGGGCGUCCUGUCGAGAAGGGUGCACCUCCACACCGUCGCAAUGCCACCAGAUUUACGUCAGCUAUCGAAGAGCCGGAUCCAAGCUCAGGCCACGAAUUAGUAACAACACCAUUCUUGACCCGCAUGACUGGCUGGACGAAUCGCGCUGGGACGUGUCUUAUACUCAACUCCUCGUCAACGCGAAGGGAUGCGGAUAUCCACCCAGGGUCAAGUGUGAAGAGUUCGGCGACACGUAUGGGUUGCAAGGACGAACUUUCUCCUGUUUCUACUCCCGCACGAACCCACGCCUCGUCGUGACGGAUUAUAACUGGGAGGAGACCGCGCAACCACUCCUCAUCGCCCUGUGCCUCCCCACGUCACUCUUCGCCGUGUCCAUCUCCAUCCUGACCCUUUGGUAUUGUCCCAGCUGCGAAGAACGGGGAAAGAACAAGCGCCCCUGCCGGGCACGCUACCAGUCCGCACCCACGCAAGAAGCCACCCCGCGGUCUAACUCGAGGAGAAGUCGACCAGACGGAGGAGCACCGCCACCACCACCGCCUCCACUUCCGCCGGGUGCAAUCGUCCAACAACCCAGGGUCAAGGGUGCCGCGGCAGGAGCAGUGGGAGCAUCGGGAGGUCAUGAACGAUCACCCUCGCUCGCCACAAUCUCGUCCAGAGACACGACUUUGUCCAGCGUUAACUCGAUGGAUGACGGUUGGCAGUCGCCCCCAUCUCCGCCCCCACGGCUCAAUCCACGAAUUCUGAACAACCACAACAACAACAACGGGGGGAGCAACAAUAAGGGGACAGCCCGAGCGAGGAAGCUAUAACCCGAGAACCCCCCUUCCCCCCACUUUAGAGAGAAAGGGACAAGUCCACCGUCUAGCUAGCACUGUUUAGCUACACACCCAUUCAACAACAUAACCCAUCCAUCAUCACAAUGAGGACACAAUCGACCAAAAGUGAGAAUAUGUAGAGGCAUAAAGGAAGCCACGACAAGAAUUAUUACUACAAUUUCAUAUAGCUUAUUAUAUCAAGACAUGAUUUUAUACCACGUUUCCUCAUCAGACACACGAAAACACCAACACCAAAACUACAUGGAUGUAGGUACAUAUAGUCACACCCACCCACAGAAAAAAAUACCACCGCCACAAAACGAGGGAAUUUUACACUCUCUCCAAUUUCUUAUAAAUAUGGACGAUGCGCAAUAUAUACACAAUUAUUAUGCAAUUUUUAAAUAAUCCAGUCCAGCGGACUCCACCCACUUACAAUUACUUAUAUAUGCCACUUAUUUAAUAUGUAUGUACAACUACUAGAUUUUACUACCUGUUAUGAUCAUCGCCAUAAUUAAUUAUGCAAUUAGCUCUAAUUUUUAAUUACUUAAUUUCUUUUCCGAAUCUAUAUAAUCAUCAUUCAUCAAUCACAACAAUUCGUCGCAAUUGUAAUGCAGUAAGUACCUCAAAAAACUAAACGGAAGGAGAAAGUCAUCAACUUUCCUCCGCAUUCGCACACCUCGUUAACAAUACAAGGGAUUUUUCUAUGUAAGUAGCUGAAUUUUAAGAAAAAUGCAAAACCAACUAUAUGCAUAAUUAACUAGCAAAAUAUUAAGACUUCUUUACUUACACGCAACUAAUUAACGUUUAGCUAGUUGUGUAUGGACAUAGUAAAAGAAAACAAGAACAGAGCUAUAAUUAUUUCGAAUUUUAAUUUGAACCAAUUUUUGACGCGGAUAAAAUAUGUAAAUACUUAGCAGUUAAAAAAGACUUUUUCCGUUUUAGAAAAUAGAGGGCGAGGUCGCUUUUAUACAUGCUCGCGCAUAAUAAAAUAUGACUGAAGGUCAGUCAGUCAGCGGUUUGGUUGGUGAAAGCAGAAGAGAAAGCUGUACAUUAAAAAUAGUGAAAAAGUAUGAUAUGAAGUUGAGAUUGUGAUUUUUCCACUCCUACCAAAAUACACAAAGGUCGACUUCACUCCUUGGUCACUUGCGCCAUAGUUAAAUUAUAACAUUGGCGCAAGUUACCAAAGAGUGAACCCACCUUUAUUAAGAGAACUUUUCUCUUUAUCGCCUCACCCACCCACCUGAACAGAAGCAGUCACCACCACCCACAUAAAAAAUACCUUACAAAAAUAUACAACGAUUUCUACCAUAGCAAAAAUAGAUUAAUAAGUAGUUUCCUCUUUUUUCUUUCUAAUAAUCUUUAUAAUUUCCUUCUUGUUCCACUUCCGCUGAGCCAUAUCUUGAAAUAUUUAUAAAUAAAAUGUAUGUAAAUACUUCAACUUCAGAUGUACUAAGAAAUUGUAAAAGUAAACAUAGCCUCCACUACUAAAUAACUAACUAACCCAGAAUUUAGGGAGAGAAAUCUUAUACAUAAAUGCAAAAACCACGGACAAAUAUUAUUGAAGAAAGUUAACAUUGGAUUGAUACCAAGUGCUAAGAGAAAGUAUUUAUUGAAAGAAAGAAAGUCCACGCGUGGAUCGCCUGGUCGUAAAAAAAAUGUGAAAUUAAAUUCUGCUGGAUUUAUAAAAAAUCGAGACCAAAAAUCGAAUGCGCGAUAUUGCGGUCUGGAACAAUGGUACUAAUAAUUACUAAAUGCUACAAAAUUACAAAUUAAUAGGAGAGAAAGAUACAUAGCUUUUUAUUUCAACUACUAACAACUACUAACUUGCAGCAGUAAUGAAACUAAUUACUAAUUAAAUAGUAAUAGUUUAAUGACGAUGUAUAGUCGAAAACUCGUUAAUUAAUUGUUACAGACACUCCGCCAUAUUCGUAAACCUUUUAACCCACCCAUCAAAAACGAAGAAAAUUUUGGAAGCAGUCACAAUAUACAUACAGCUUUAUACACAAAAAUAAAAUGCGUAUGGUCUUUUGUUCUUGAGAACCAACCAAUCAUAAAUAAUCCUCCAAAAUCACACAUUACAUCAUAAAUUAAAUAAAACUAAUUUAUUUACUUUGCUGAUACCACAGCUAGACCUUAAAUCCUGAAAAAAAACUAACAGCUACUACAGAUAAGUGAUGAUGAUUGAUAUCCCGUGAUCAUGUUACACGCUUUUGUAUUACAAAAACCAUGAAGAACCUACGAUGAUAAUUUAUGCUGUACUUAAAUAUGUAUAUGGAAUAAGCGAGAGAGAAAAGAGGAAGCAAAUACUAAUAAAAUGAUAAAAGACGAGACAAAAA